CAUAGACACCGAUUAUGGCUAGACUUUGGAAAAUAAUCGAGUAUGUUUAAAAAUGGUGGAUGCUGUUGGUCUUAUUUCCGGCGUUGUAAAGCAGACGUGACAUUUGUUAAAUGCUCCUUUUAGAGAGUUUAUUUCGAUGGUGAUUUUAAUGACUAGCUACAAAGGCAUCCAGAUGUGCAGUUGAAAGAGCUCAUUACAAACACCACAUAAUUAAGAACAGCUUUUUAGGAAGGAAAUUCGUUCAAGUUGAGAACAUGCGAGAAUAUAAAGUGGUGGUUUUGGGAAGUGGGGGAGUAGGCAAAUCAGCACUGACAGUAAAAUUUGUCUCGGGGAAUUUCAUGGAAAAAUAUGACCCAACUAUAGAAGACUUUUACAGGAAAGAAAUAGAAGUGGACGAUGCACCGUCUGUUCUAGAAAUACUCGACACGGCAGGGACAGAACAGUUCGCAUCCAUGAGAGAUCUGUAUAUAAAAAACGGCCAGGGAUUCCUUAUAGUGUAUAGUAUCACUAGCUUUCAAACCUUCCAGGAUAUUAAGACGAUGAAGGAACAAAUCAUCCGGGUCAAAGGUGUGGACAAGAUACCGAUGAUACUUGUGGGUAAUAAGUGUGAUCUUGAACACCAAAGGGAGGUAACUGUAGAAGAGGGCGUGGCCCUAUCCCAAAUAUGGGCGUGUCCGUUCAUGGAGACAUCAGCCAAGAGCACGAACAAUGUGAAUGAGGUGUUUAUAGAAAUUGUACGUGAAAUGAACACUAGCCCUGUGAAGAAGAAGAAAUCUUACUGCACUGUGUUGUAACGGAAGAGAAAACCACUUUACAUUAUUGACUGUGUUUGGACCAUGUUUGUGUCGCCAUCAACCACUGAACGCUAUCGUAGGAGGAUGCUCCAUCCUUUCUUUAUGGAUCUUUGUGCCAAAACAGUGGACCUGCAUAUUGACAAGACCCAGACAUUCAUAGCUUAAUAGUUAUUUAUUCUAAUUCCUGGUUCUUUAUUCAUAAUGCUCCACAGGGUGAUCAUAAAGUGAAACAUUCAAAACUAAUUUUCUAUGGUAAAUCCUCAGAUUUGUGUUUACAAAAU